AGACAUCCAGCAUCCCUAGACCACGGGAGAGACCUCCGACGAGACGUGGAAUGCUUUUUUUUAUUUGAUUUGAUUAAAAGCCUGCUGUUUUAUUGGAAUUUAGGCUUUCUGUCCGUCUUGAUAUUAAAUCUUUUUCUUGUGUGGAUGAUUUUGCAUCUCCUUGAUGCGCAGUGUUAUCAAGGAUAAACCCAGACAGCCAUUACUGCGGCUCUUGUUUUGCUAAAGCAUCGUGGAGGCGAGCAGAUUUCCUGCUUUGCAGUAACCGAGCCCUCAUCCAUCGCAACAGCAUUCUUCCUUAAAUAGAACACCAACCUAAAUUUGGAUGUCUAACAGAUUGAACUAGUCUCAGGAAGCAGUGGGCUCCGGUUUGGCGCCUUCUUUAGCUGACCCCUAACCUUGAGUUCCUGAUAUCCCACUCCCGGCAUCAUGGGAACCGUGCUAUCACUUUCACCCAGCUACCGGAAGGCUGCCCUGUUCGAAGAUGGCCCGGCCACAGUGGGCCACUACACGGCGGUUCAGAACAGCAAGAACGCCAAAGACAAGAACCUAAAACGGCACCCACUCAUCAACGUACUGCCAUGGAAGCGAAUAGUAGCCGUUUCAGCCAAGAAAAAGGGGUCUAAGAAGGUGCAGCCAAACACCACCUACCAGAACAAUGUUUCUCACCUUAACAAUGAGAACCUCAAGAAGUCCCAGUCAUGUGCAAAUCUCGCCUCCUUUACGCAGGACCAGACAAGUCCGUCAAACCAAGGCUCCAAAAACUCCAACAACACAGCUUCCUCGGUCAAGAAAGCACCUCUUUCCAACUCCAACGCUGUCCCUGGGACACCCAAGAGGGUGAUCGUUCAGGCCUCCACCAGCGAGCUUCUGCGUUGUCUUGGGGAGUUCCUCUGCCGGAGGUGCUAUCGGCUCAAGCAUCUGUCCCCUACAGACCCGGUAUUGUGGCUCCGCAGCGUGGACCGUUCUUUGCUCCUGCAGGGCUGGCAGGACCAGGGAUUCAUCACCCCGGCCAAUGUAGUUUUCGUCUACAUGCUCUGCCGAGACGUGGUCUCCUCUGAGGUGGCCACAGAGCACGAGCUGCAGGCCGUCCUACUGACCUGCCUCUACCUGUCUUACUCAUACAUGGGCAAUGAGAUCUCGUACCCUCUCAAGCCAUUCCUUGUGGAGACCUCCAAGGAGACAUUCUGGGACCGCUGUCUGUCCAUCAUAAAUUUGAUGAGCGCCAAGAUGCUGCAGAUCAACUCGGAUCCUCACUAUUUCACCCAGGUCUUUGCGGACCUUAAAAACGAGAGCCAGAAGGAGGAGGAACGGAGUCGUCUGCUUAUCGGCCUGGACCGGUGAGGGGGCUUUGGAGAUGUCUUUGGUGACACUCUGAUCUGGCAUUUUUUAGGGAAAGUUCAUGCAAAAAUUUUGAAUUUUGUUACAUUUACUCACCGUCAUGUCAAUCCAAACUUGUAAGAUCUUCUGUGGAACAUGAAAGAAGUCACUUCAUUACAUUCGGAGGAUCAAUUGGAUAAUUUUGGACCAAGUUGAUUUAAUUUGUACAAAAGAAAGGUUUUACAGAAUUGGCACAUGGCAAAAUCCUGCUCCAUAAAGACUAAAGGUGAUGAUACACAGGCCAACUUUCUGAGCAAUGUUGCCAUCCAAUGGCAACCAGGUGUAUUUAGCGCACCAAAAUUGGGCCCAAAUCAUAAAGUUUGACAUUCUUGAACAGCUUUAACUAGCUAAAUGCAAGACUGCAUGUCGAUUAUCAUAGCAAAAGUGAAGCAGAAUAUUGCUUAACAUAAUAAUAAUAAAGCUAAUAUCCGCUUGUUAAGUCAUGAUGUUUCGGUGACGUGUGGAAUACUGUUUCCUGGUCCAAGCCGCUAUUCAUUUGAAUUAAGAAAAUAUUGGUUCAUGGCCACUUCUUAGUCCUAUCACACAUUAAAGUGAAUUUUAUAUAAAUCAUAGUGUACACAUCAGUCUCUGGACUCUCUGGAUAUUACGAACUAGAUUUUCAAAUUUAUUAAAGUGCUUUUUAAACGCUUAUUAUUAUCAACUGAUGAGUCUCCCCAUACAGUCUGACAUAGCGCUUGGACCCAGAAGCCGCUUUGCGUGACGUCACAAUUAGACAGAUAAGGAAUGCAUGAUAGGAAAAUACAUUAUAAACACACCACAAUUUAGCCCUUCACAAAAGUAUACAGCAAAGCCAAUUCAUUGUUUGACAUUGUAAGCAUUAAAUUACAUUAAAAGCCCUGUUUUGUGUUGACUCAUAACAACUUAGGACUAACAUUGCUCUACAAGUUGCUCUGCGUAUCAUCACCUUAACCUCCUGCAGAAUUUAGAUCAACACUCUUACCUGAAAGAUUCUGAUGAGUCUGAACACAUUGAUUUGCUUUAGAUUACAGAAUCCUUAAUUGAGGAUGGAGCUAAACUGUAGGCCUGUGGCCCUCCAGGGAGACCCCUGCCAAAACGUUGUGAUGAAUAGUGCUUAAUGAACCAUCUAUUCAUAGAUAGUAAUAAAUUAGCUUUUGAAAGGUCUUCAUGAAACCAUAAGUGGGAUUUAAUCAUUUAUGUAGUGAUAUGGAUGAAAACAACACGAUCCUGAAAGGACAAAGGUGAGUAUUUAAUGACAAGUUUUUUUUUUAAAGUAAUUUUUGGUGACCAAAAUGGUUUAUAAUUGUGUACAAUGAGUGAUUCUAAUGGUAUAAAGUCAAUAAUUCACUUUAAUUAAUAGGCAACUGGUACAAUUUGUACGUGAAUACUAUAAAAUGCCAGACACGAGUGGACCAAAUGCUCCAAAGCAGUGGAUAUUUAAAAGCACUGACAGAAAAGACUUCAAAUGAGACAAAAAGAACAACAAUAAUGAAUGUGGACAGAUUUCCAGCUGUUGUCUAGCUGAUUUCUGGACACUUUGCACCAAUCUUUGCCACCACUGUCAACAGAAACGGAGGUUGAUUCAAAAUCAACAGACACUCUGGUUCUCAUGUCCACGAAACCGGACACUUCGCUGAAUGAUACACACAUUUUCUGUUGCAAAUUUUCAAUCGCAAAAAAAAGGGAACAGGGCGUUUGAGUGUCAGGUUUUGUGUGUUUCUGUCCUCAAGCCACAAACUUCGAAUAAAGGGAAAGGACUUGCAUUGCACAGUGGCUGUUUAUAGACUGUAGUUGGUGAAGAGGUUGUCAGCACAUUUGUAAGAAAGACCUACUUUAUUUUCAUCCAUGAUGCAAAGCUAAACAGAUCUCUCCUGUGGUGGUCUACGUCAUUUUUUUUUAAAGCAACUGUGUUCGUUUGAAUGCACACACACACACACAACUGGAGUUAGCUACUUUGAGUUUUUAAGCCGACUGCAUAUGUGUUUAGGGAAUGAAAUACAAAAAAAGAAGAAGUAACGAGUUAAAAUAGUUGAUCUUGCUAUGCCUGCUUCAAUGAGCCAUUGUUUUGUCAUUUUGUUUUCUACUCAGACACGCUUCAGGAAAGUUCUCUGUACAGAAAAGCCUGUAAAUGUAUCAAAAACAGUGCCAUACCUUUGAUGAAAAUCAUGUAGGUCUAAAAAAAAAAACACAUAAAUACCAAAGGCCGGCAAACUUUGGAACGGUAGGAUUGUCAUUAACAAUAAGUAUCUAUUGGAAUUGUAAUUUAUUGUUAUUUAUUAAUUUUUUCACACAUUUCUCUCUUGCAUUUAGAGAUUUUAGUGACGUGUUGUAUUAUAAAAAAGACUGAUGGCUACCUUUAGGUGGGAAUGAAGAUUACGGUGAAUGCGCAUUAGCAUUCGAAUGAAUAAUUCAAGGCGGUAACAUCUAUAAGAGCUUAGUUUCAAACCAUUAUUAAAUCUGAGAAACGCCAAGGUAAUUCAUCAUAGUGACAGACGAUCGGUUUCAGUUAAAGAUGAUGAAUAACUGGAACCGGUUUCUCUGUGAAGUACUGUUGGGAUGUUCGACAUAUCAGCACUGCAAAAACAAUCACGAGCGAUUAUUAUCCCAUCAAAACACACGCCAGCAUUAAACUGAAUGAGAUGUGGUCUAUUUCCAGAGGCAAACAAACGAUUUCAAUCCUCUUUCAAUCAACAACCGAACUAAAACCUGCAGCCACAUCGAUGAUAUCAAUCAAACUGGAUCUUGCGUGUUUUGUAUGAUCAAUUUGCCCGCUUUAAAACAUCUCAACAGUGCUAAACUGUGCAUGCUUUCUUUCGGUAGUUAUGUAUCUCUUUCUUUAUAGUCAAAAAAGAAAAGGUAAAAAAAAAAAGAAUGUGACAGUCAUAUAAGCAAACAUGUCUUUGUUAACUCAUGCCUGUUCUUCUCAUGACGUGAAAGUGGGAUGGAUGGAUUUUGACUGACCUGCUCGCCCUGCUGCAUUGCUUUACGGGACUGAAGGAAGCCAAUUAUUUUACAGAAAACGAGACUUGCACUUUUUUCUGUGAGUCUGAGGAGACCGCAGGGGUUCGAGGUUGUGGGGGCAAAGUAGGUGAAGCCCUCCUUCGCUGCUUGCCUGCUAUUAUUUGCCCCCAGCCCACAACAAUGUGCCAUUUUUUUCACUUGCAUCACAGAGUAGUCCUUUGAAACAAAGAAGAAGCAAAAGAUUAAAACUCCUGUCAAACUCUCUCUGUAUCUGUUGUGUAAUUCUUUGAAAACUGUGCUAUAAAAGGAUUGCAUGAGAGUGUGUGAAUGUGCGCGAGUGCAUUUGUAUUGAAGAAUGUGAUGUCCGUGUGUUGAUUUUCUAGGAUCAGAGCAUGGCCGUGCUUAUUAGAGAGUAGGACUCUAUAGUAUCAGGCUAGAGUUUGACUCGGGGUUUACGGGGUCUGUUAACAUUUUGUUGUUUUAAAAAAGAAAACAAGACGAGAAUCUGUUGCUGUGACCUUUUUGCGUUUGUUUUCUGCUUAUUUUGAUUUAUUUUUGUACUGUGAUGGAAAAUAAAAUGCACUGAUCGUUAAAGACAGA